AGGGGAUUGAAUAUGCACGCCGUUCGGUAGUCAAGCAAUACGGCGACGACCAGACAACGAAGCUGAACUCACCAUUUUCAUUUUCAAUCAUAAGAUUAACAGAGAAAAGUAAAGAAUGGCCUUUAACUUUCCUUGCCUUUUGACUGAAUCGUGGACGAGGGGUCAAGCCUUCAUUUUGUUGAGUGAACUGGUGCACCUUACACAACUCAGUGCCUUGGAGCUGCACAGAGCUAAUUAUUUUCGGAGUUCAUUGUCCGGUGAUAAUAUUUGGGAAGCAUUAAAUUGAAUUGACCCAUCCAAGACUCGCCGAUAAGCUAGGUUUGGCAUGGGUUGUGAGUUUUCCAAGUUCUCGGCAUGCUGCUGGGGAGCAGAGCAAAAUGGUCCCAAAAUCCUCAUUGAUGGAAACAAAGAGGAGCAUGAAGCUAAUAAUCUGCCGCCGUUUCAUCAAUACACAAUUGAUCAACUUAGGAUGGCCACGUCUGGAUUUGCAGUGGAAAAUAUAGUUUCCGAGCAUGGAGAUAAGGCUCCGAACGUGGUCUAUAAAGGGAAACUUGAAAAUCAAAUGCAAAUUGCUGUAAAGCGAUUUAAUAGAUUAGCCUGGCCUGAUGCCCAGCAAUUUUUGGAUGAAGCCAGAGCUGUUGGUCAGCUUAGGAACCAGAAAUUGGCAAAUUUGCUUGGCUGUUGCUGUGAAGGUCAUGAAAGGUUACUUGUUGCAGAAUACAUGCCUAACGAUACUUUGGCAAAACAUUUGUUCCACUGGGAAACUCAACCUAUGAAAUGGCCAAUGCGACUUAGAGCUGCUUUGUACCUUGCCCAAGCUUUAGAAUACUGUACCAACAGAGGACGCGAUCUAUAUCAUGAUCUCAAUGCUUAUAGAGUUCUCUUUGAUGUUGAGGGCAAUCCUAGACUUUCAUGCUUUGGUUUGAUGAAAAACAGUCGAGAUGGGAAAAGUUACAGUACAAAUCUAGCAUUUGCCCCUCCUGAGUAUCUCAGAACAGGAAGAGUAACUCCAGAAACUGUAACAUAUAGUUUUGGCACCCUUUUGCUUGACCUUCUCAGUGGAAAACAUAUACCUCCGAGCCAUGCACUUGACCUGGUUCGGGGAAGAAACCUUCAGAUUCUUACAGACUCUUGUUUAGAAGGACAAUUUUCAGUUUAUGAGGGAACUGAGUUAUUGCGCCUAGCAUCACAAUGUUUACAACCUGAACCGCAUGAGCGUCCUUAUCUCAAGUCAUUGGCCCCUGCUUUGAUACCCUUACAAAAGGAAUCCAAGGUUCCUUCUCAUGUGCUUAUGGAUAUUCCCCAUGGUGGUGCUGCUUUACCUCUGCCACCACUCAGUGAGGCUUGUCUUAAAAUGGACUUGACUGCUAUACACGAGAUCAUAGAAAAGAUCGGGUAUAAAGAUGAUGAAGGUGUUGCAUAUGAGCUUUCAUUCCAAAUUUGGACCAACCAAAUGCAAGAAACAUUGAACUUGAAGAAUAAGGGUGAUGCUGCAUUUCGACGCAAGGAUUUCAAAGCUGCAAUUGAUAGCUACACACAGUUCUCUGAAGUCGGAACCAUGGUUUCUCCGACAGUUUAUGCACGCCGAAGUCUAUCUUAUCUCAUGAGUGAUAUGCCUGAGGAAGCACUUGACGAUGCAUUGCAGGCACAAGCAAUAUCCCCUCUCUGGUACAUUGCAUUCCAUUUGCAAGCUGCUGCUCUAUUUGCACUGGGCAGGGAGGAUGAGGCCCAUGUGGCACUCAAAGAGGGUUCUGCACUUCAUAAUAAAAAGAAUACAAAUUAGUUGAGGUCACUGCCCAAAUUAGUUUUCCUGUUCCAGAAGACAACAUUCAGAGAACACCACCCACGGCUCUCAAUAUUUGGGCAAAUUAAUCUGAGGCUUUUAGUCCUUAUUUGGCAAUUGUGUUACAUGCAUAGAGAUCGGUUUAUAGUCCCUCCUGCAUAAACGUUUCCUUUGUUGCGAAGAUCUUGAAAGGUUUAGGGAAAAACUUAUGGUAGAGAUUGUGUGUUUGUAAAGGAUUCAUCUGUAAAGUCCUGUAUUUACUGGCUUGGUAGCAAAUGCUUUUUAUGUGAUUGUAACUAAUGUGUAAAGCAACUGGCUGCCGAUAGGCUAUUAUUGUAUUCAUUUGUUUUACAUCUAACAUAUUAUUUAAAUCUUCAUCCUCUUGUUUA